UCUUCCCGGUCUGUUUGUCGGCAAUUUCGCCAUUUGCCAAAUACAUAAAAAGCACCUUUGAAAUUCAAAUACCUGGGUACCUGGCAUAUCUUCGAAUAGAGACAGAUAAUCGUUAAUUAGAUACUUUUCUUUCUUGUUCUUAACCUCUGGUGGUAUUUCCAGCAUUGACUUUGCGCGACUUGAAAUCCCACGUGUUGCGGCCCCUGCGACUUCAUCAAAUUAAUCCCUAUAAUAUCAGCUUAUAAUGCAUCAAGGCCUUCCAAGAGACUGCUGCUAUUUAUGAGGAGGACCCAGGAUGCGCCGCUAUUCGCUUCGCACCCCUCCCGUGCGACGUCUCUCUGGCCUGACCAUCGCAAGACUCCAGACAGGGCGCCACAUAUCUACUCGAUGCUCAAUAGCGACGGCUGAAGAGAGCCGACGGAACACAGUCAGCAGUUCUGCAGCCAGUCGCAAGUUGUCGUCUGCCUUCUCGACAUGGCCCGCUUUGUCGCCAAGCGCACCCAGACGCUUUGCAACCGUUGCGACUACAUCUGCUUUAGAGAACGCCCAAGUACCCGAUAACCAUGGCCCGAUCCAAGAAUACGAUCGGCGAGUGCGAGAGGGGCGCCUCCGAGAGGACCAGCACCAACGCGGGAUUAUUCAGAACCUGCAGAAUUUGCACGACGAGCUAGUCCAUUACCGAGCGAAUCCAGUUGUGCACCCGAGCCUCGACAGUCUAAAACCGACCAAGUCACUAUUUUCGUGGUUCGGGCCGAAGCCGGGUGCCGGAGCCAUACAAGAGAUUCCAGCCAAUCUGCCGCAGGGAUUAUACUUAUACGGCGAUGUCGGGAGCGGGAAGACGAUGCUGAUGGACCUUUUCUACGACACGUUACCCAGUUCCGUCCAAUCUAAGACUAGAAUACAUUUUCAUAAUUUCAUGCAGGACGUGCACAAGAGGUUGCACAAGAUGAAGAUGACGCACGGAAACGAUAUAGACGCGGUCCCCUUUGUAGCAGCAGAUAUCGCAGAGCAAGCGAAUGUACUGUGUUUCGACGAGUUCCAGUGCACCGACGUAGCUGAUGCGAUGAUCCUGCGGCGGCUUUUAGAGUCUCUGAUGUCCCACGGAGUCGUUCUCGUGACGACAUCGAAUAGACAUCCGGAUGAGUUAUAUAAAAACGGGAUACAGCGCGAGUCCUUCAUUCCGGCGAUUCACCUUUUGAAGGCGCGACUGAAUGUCAUCAAUCUCGACUCCCCCACCGAUUACCGCAAAAUCCCGCGGCCGCCAUCCGGGGUCUACCAUACGCAGCUCGACAACCAGGCGGCGCUGCACAUAGAGAAGUGGCUCCGGGUUCUUGGCGAUCCCGACACGCCGGAGCCUCACCCGGAAACCCAGAAGGUCUGGGGCCGCGAAAUCUACGUUCCCAGAGUCAGUGGGCGCUGCGCUUGGUUCACCUUCCAGGAACUUAUCGGCCGUGCGACGGGCGCGGCCGACUACCUCGAGCUGAUGCGCUGCUACGAUGCGUUCAUCGUCUCCGACGUGCCCGGGAUGACCUUCCGGGAGCGCGAUCUCGCUCGGCGGUUUAUUACUUUCAUCGACGCCGUUUACGAGUCGCGCGCCAAGCUGGUCCUCACCACGGCUGUUCCUCUGGCGGAACUAUUCAUCUCGCCCCAGGAAUUACGGGAGUCCCGUAAGAAGGACGGAAAGGCCGUAGAUGACGACGACGACGAAGCGACUAGCCACGCUAUGCAGCACAUGCUCGAGGACGUGGACAGUAAUAUUGACCAACUGAAGAACUCGAGUCUGUUCUCCGGAGACGAAGAGCGCUUCGCGUUUGCACGAGCGUUGUCGAGACUAAGCGAGAUGUCUAGCAAGGAAUGGGUCGAGCGCGGUAUGGGUCUAGAAAAGUCCGGGGGCGAAAAGGAGAGGGACGACUGGGCGAAGACGCACAGUCAACAGAUGGAGGAUAGUAUAUGAUAGACCUGGUAUGUUGAUGCGGUGCGGAUUGGAUAGAACCUUCUUAUCCCGUACUGUGGCACUGGACUAACUAGCAUGGUUUUGGCGUUUAUUCUUGGUUAGGCGGUUUGUUACGCGACGCAUAGAACGGCGAGUAGGCUACUGUUUUAUGGUGGCUAGAGAGGGGACUUUUGAUACCUUAGGUACCUCCUGCUGUACCUACUUACAUCGUAGAAGUUGGUUAACUAUUAAUAACUUCUUCUACUUGUUAUCAUAGAUUUUGUUAACUUAUAUACAAGGUUAUGGAACCCGCUGGGCUGUGCUCAUUUAAUGUCAAUUAAAGAAUCAUGAUUGAGCAAAACGGUAAGACUUAAGGUUGGCAC